AUUUCAAAGGGAAUUCCAGUCCAUGGAGAAAUGAAGUCUUAUAAAAAUCGUGUGUUAAUAGACGCUUGAUAUUAGCUGUAACAGCCGUCGUAGCGCUGGUUAAAUUUCUGAGUAGCUCCCUUCAUUAUUUUUAUAUUAUAACCAAUUACUGUGCCUUGCAAAACGUGAAUUCCGAAUAUUGGUAAUCGUGAUUUUUGAAUUCCUUUAUAUUCAAUAUGCAGCGUUUGAGAUAUUUUUGGUCAACAUGCAACCUCCAAUGCUAAUGCAGCAGUAUUGAUUUGAAACAAAGCUGAGAGGUGAUGAAGCAUGGUCUGUUUGGGAUUAAUUAGACGAGUCAAUAAGAGAUUAACACAGCAGCGUAUUUUCUCCUCCUUGUUAAUUGCUCUUCCACGCCCCUCGCACCAUUGUACACACAGCCAUUGAAAAUUGCCCGCCUACCAUUGGCUGCGUUUUGACAAGUUUUACUGUCCUUCGUGUAAAUGACACGUGUUAAAUGUCAUUUAUAUGAACUGGCAGAUGCUUAAUUAGUCGUUUACGAUGUACUUAGCCUCAGCUCUGUCAAAGCUGCGCGUGAAUUGCCAAACGCUCGUCAUGAAAAGAUUCAUGCUGCUUGUGAUUUUUGUCCUGGCUUCUGUAGAAGUCGCCGACGGUGUUGUGUACAGUUGGAUUCUCAGUGUAAACCCUGUCGACACGGACGAAGGAAAACAGACGACCUCUGACAACAACACUAGAGAAAAUUCGACUUUGCAAAAUCCCUGCAGAAAGGACAGGCAUUGCGGACAAGGAAAUUACUGUCACAAACACAACGGCCAAUGUCAUGCUUGCAAGGCGAUAGACUCGCAGUGUCGACGCAACAACAUGUGCUGCGCUGGUAUGGAGUGUGUGUUUGGAGUAUGUAGGAAAGCCUUGCCGCGCGGAAGCCCGGGAGCAAGGUGCAAGAAAGACCGCAAAUGUGAUUCGGGGUUGUGCUGCGUUAAAGUUCACGGGGAGCCGAUCUGCAGACGGUUGCUUGAAGAGGGUGAAGACUGUAGUGUUCCGGAAGGCGGUCUUGAUUACUCUUUAAACCAGAAGUGCCCCUGCGAGGCAGGCUUGAUUUGCAAGAAAAUUAAACAUCGACACAGAAAGAGAUUCGUUGCUGGGCUCGACAGAAAAAAGAGAACUUGCCAAAGACUUUAGCCAACGGAAGGAGGUAACAGGGACAAUCUGUAGCCGCGAAAUGUUGGCGAUCGAAUUUCGCGUCACCGAAUUUGGGAGCGAACAAUUGUGCUUAAGGAGUGCACACUAAAGGCCUCCGCACUGCAAUAUAGACCCAAACUAUUGAAGUGUUAGAUAAAUAUAAUUAUGUAUAUAACAUAUUUCACACUCCAAGUGAUGUAAAGUAGAUUUUAAUGACAGUAUAAAUUAUCAUGCGUUCUUAAUUACAUUUCAAGGUUUAAUUUACGUGAGCUCGACUUGGAAAGGACGUAAAAGCAAAGGAGUAAAGAUAUAAUUUUGUAGCGUGGAAUUAACCAUCAAUAUGCAAAGCCGGGGUAAACAUUGUUGAAACUUUUGUUAACUAGUACAAUGGCUUUUAGGUGUCAAAACCAAGGCAUUUAUGAGUUUAAUGGACGUAAAGCGUUAAGUGAGUAAACUAACGAUAUUUUUUUCUCGGAAUAAAAAGUUUUAGAAACGA